AGGAAUUCUGAGGAACUCGAAAACUUGCUCACUAUUUCGUGGCAUUCCGGUUGGCCCCGGCAAAGGCCAAAGAGCGGGUUUCGUAAUCUCGUCCUCCUCUUUCUCGCUUCCCUUCUCCUCAGCCCGCCUCCCCCUCGCCAGCUCUCUAUCCCUUCGGACCGCUCUCCGUUGUUUUUUGCCUCCCCGGGGCCGGAUGCUUCCCGCCCCGCCCCCUACCUCCCUCUACACGGCGGCAGAGGCCUGACUGACUGACUGCCAGACCGAAAGAAAACGCGCAGGCAGCUCCUCAGGCAGCGGCCCCUGUAGGCCGAGCAGUAGCGGCGGCAGGAGAGGGUGUAGCGGCGGCCGCAGAGGAAGGCGCUCGGCUUCCGGGCGGCCCCUUUGGGUGUCGUUCUCCGUCCGCGCCACGGUGUCUCCUGAGGCGAGGGAGCGAGAAGAGCAGCGGAGAGAAGCAGCCAUCCCGCUUCGCUUCGGUAGCCGACCCGAUCGCCGCGGCCAGGCCCCCCGCAUGCAGUCCUCACCCUGGAGCGGCGGCGGCGGCGGAUCGAGGAGCUCUCGCGAUCCUCCCGGCAGAGGCUGCUCCAGUCCAGGGACAAGAUGUUCUCCAAAUUCACCUCCAUCCUCCAGCACGCCGUGGAGGCGCUUGCGCCAUCCCUUCCAUUGCAAGAAGACUUUGUUUUCCACUGGAAGGCGAUUACCCAUUACUACAUAGAGACAUCAGAUGACAAAGCUCCUGUGACUGAUACCAACAUUCCCUCUCACCUGGAGCAGAUGUUGGAUAUUUUAGUUCAGGAAGAAAAUGAGAGGGAGUCUGGUGAAACGGGACCUUGUAUGGAAUAUUUACUGCAUCACAAGAUCCUAGAGACUUUGUACACCUUGGGCAAGGCUGAUUGUCCUCCAGGCAUGAAACAGCAGGUUUUAUCCUUUUAUACAAAGCUGCUGGGAAGAAUACAACAGCCUCUUCUCCCACACAUAAAUGUACACAGACCUGUGCAGAAAUUAAUCAGACUUUGCGGGGAAGUUAUGGCAACACCCACAGAAAAUGAAGAAAUCCAGUUUCUCUGUACAGUGUGUGCAAAGCUGAAACAAGAUCCAUACUUGGUUAACUUUUUCCUUGAGGUGAUACAAGACCCUGUCCUACAUACUUCCAGGAGGCAGAGCAAGCUAAAGGGGCUGGCUUCAAAAGGCACAGGAAGCUUAAUUACAGCAGACAUGCUAAAAGGCCAAGAUUACGUGGUGACAGAUACAGGACAGUCUGUUCAGCCUGGAGAGAUAUCAAGUGGAGCGGAUCAGGCAGAGAGAGCAAAUGACCUUCCUCAGCAGGCAGAUGACCUGUCCACAAGUCUAGAUGAAUUAAACGUCCCUUUGUCCCCUGAGGCUUUGGCUGCCCAUCCACAUGGCGACUAUAAUUUGGUGGAUUCUCUACUCAAUCUCACCAAAAGCCCGGAUGGCCGGAUAGCUGUGAAAGCUUGUGAAGGCCUCAUGCUCCUAGUGAGUUUGCCCGAGCCAGCAGCUGCCAAAUGCUUAGCAGAGAGUACAUGCUUGUGUGAACUGUUGACGGACAGGUUGGCCUCUCUCUACAAAGCUCUCCCUCAGUCGAUGGAUCCUUUAGAUAUUGAAACAGUGGAAGGAGUUAACUGGGGCUUGGAUUCCUACAGCCAUAAAGAAGAUGCAUCUGCUUUUCCAGGAAAAAGAGCCCUGAUUUCAUUUCUAUCCUGGUUUGAUUAUUGUGAUCAACUCAUUAAGGAAGCUCACAAGACAACAGCUGUUGCCAUGGCAAGCUCGGUGCGAGAACGUUUUUUUGUUGGCGUAAUGGAACCCCAGCUAAUGCAAACUUCAGAGAUGGGGAUUCUCACGUCAACGGCCCUGUUGCAUCGUAUGGUUCGCCAAGUCACUUCAGAUGCUUUAGUACAUGAAAUGGUCUGCUUUAUCCUUGGGGAGCAAAGGGAACCAGAAAAACUGACAGACAUCAACAGGCACCCAUUGCGACAUCGCCUCAUUGAGCACUGUGAUCACAUUUCAGAUGAGAUCAGCAUAAUGACACUCAGAAUGUUUGAGCACCUUUUGCAAAAACCUGAUGAGCACAUUCUUUAUAACUUGGUUCUUAGAAAUUUAGAGGAGAGGAACUAUACGGAGUAUAAACCACCCUGUCAAGAAGAUAAAGAUGUGGUGGAGAAUGGCCAAAUAGCAGGAGCUGUAGAUCUAGAAGAAGAUCCGUUAUUUACGGAUAUUUCUCCUGAUACCAUGUUGUCAAACCAAGAGUGGCUCACUGCUUCUCCACCUGUCAGCCCAGAUCAUCCAAAAAAUGAUGGGAAGACGGAAGUUCAUAAAAUUGUAAAUAGUUUUCUCUGUCUUGUACCGGAUGAAGCCAAAUCUUCCUACCAUGUGGAGGGCACAGGGUAUGAUACCUACCUCAGAGAUGCCCACAGACAAUUCCGAGAUUAUUGCGCCAUAUGCUUACGAUGGGAAUGGCCGGGCUCUCCCACGCCCUUGGAAAAGUGCAAUUUAGAAGCUCCAUUCUUCGAAGGAUUUUUCCUAAAAGUUCUCUUUGAUAGAAUGGGCAGAAUUCUCGAUCAGCCAUAUGAUGUCAAUUUACAAGUAACGUCUGUGUUGUCCAAGCUCGCCUUGUUUCCUCAUCCACACAUCCAUGAAUACCUUUUGGAUCCCUAUGUAAAUCUAGCCUCUGGAUGUCGCUCUCUUUUUUCAGUCAUUGUCAGGGUUGUUGCAGAUCUCAUGGUGAGGAUCCAGCGCAUACCCGACUUCACACCUAAAUUGUUGCUGGUCAGGAAGCGUCUCCUUGGCUUAGAACCUGAAGGGCCCAUUGUUGACCACAUGACAUUACUAGAAGGUGUAAUUGUAUUGGAAGAAUUUUGUAAAGAGCUGGCUGCAAUCGCAUUUGUGAAAUACCAUGCCUCGUCCACGCCAUAAAAAGCUGCUCUGAGCAUCCUGGCUACGAGAUUCAAGCAGAAAAGACUGCUAACUUCCCAGGCAGGAGAACAAAAAGGAAAGCCUUGGCAUUCAUUUGGAGGAUUCAUAUGGGACACCUUCAAAUUGAAAUACUAAAUUCAUUGGUAGUGACCAUAUGGGAGAGGAAAAUGGAUGUUCAACCUACAACACAAUCAAUGGGAUAUCACAGAUCACAACAAGCUUCAUGCACACAUGAAGACUUAAGUUUAAAGGUUUUCUUAUUUUAAUAACCUUCUAGGAGGUAGGAGUUUUUAUAUACUUUAGGGUGCCUAGGCUUUUAAAUAAUACAUUUGUUUCAUAGCUGAUGUGUGUUUUAUCCAUUUAAAUGAAAACCAGUAAGUGAUUAAAGCAUUGUAAAGUAUUUAAAUAAGAAGUUGUAAAUGCACACACAGUUUAACAAAUCAUUUUUCUUUGUGUAUCUUUCAUGUUGAGUCCUGUUCAUUGUGAUGUUCCAGUUGAUCACUGAUUAUUAUUAUUUUGUUACACAAAAAACAGGUGACCACAAGUAUACACAAGUAUUGGUUUUCCUUGAAUCCUUGCUUAUUCUCCUUUGUUAUGCCGCAUAACUUUAUUUGCCUUCUAUUUUGUAUUGGAGCCCUGGAUUAUUUGAUCCAAAUGCCCAUUUACAAAAAAUGCUAGUAUUACAGGUCACUUUAUAUGGCUUUUAAUAUUCUUUUUAUGAUUAGUUGGCUGAAGAGUAUCCUGUGCCUUGAGUAUUGGCAGUAUCAUUGUUUUGUGCUUUUCAGAUAUGUUAUUCCUUGGCUAAUUUGAAUGACUGAAGCGUCCAAGCCAAGGGACAGCUGGGUCUGAUACCAAUUGUCAUAGUGCAUAUAGGCUGAAAUUCUCUGCAGGUUGUUGCAUGCUUAGACUUCAGUUUUGUGAUCUUCCUGUUUGCAACAGGGAUCCAUUAUAAGCCAAGGAGAAAACAAGAUCCCUUCAUUUUGCCAUAGUCAUAAAAUAAUUUCCUUGCCAGACAAUCUGAGCUAGAAGAUGAGUAAAAGGAAGGAGCAGUUGAACCACCUGAUUCUGCCAAUGGUCUCUCUCCUCUUUUCUUUCUUUCUUUCUUUCUUUCUUUCUUUCUUUCUUUCUUUCUUUCUUUCUUUCUUUCUUUCUUCUGACUCAUCUCUGUCAGUUCUUCAUAGGCUGAAAACUCCAAACAAACAUGUUGUCUACCCUGGAUUUAAUAUAGUUUUUCUAUAAUCUUUUUGUUCUCAAUAGAAAACAAGAAGAUGCAGAUAUAGGGUGGGAGUGCCCUUUCUCACCCAUUUGCUGUUAAUUGACAUAAUGCUAUGGUAUUAACAACACAUAAUUUGGUUCCUAAACAGUUGUUCCAUUAAUCUCAUUCUUGGGUAUUCAGUGUAAUUUUUACAGGCUCAUAACUUUUUAACAUAAUUGCUGCCUGCUUCAGAUAUUAUCAGAGUUGCUGUAAGUGUGGUUGAAUUUUGCUCCAGUGAUGUAAACUCUGGUUUGUACCACAGGAAGUUCUAAUGAUACAGAAACUUGCUGAGCAUGAAGGCCAAGUGUUGGAAAGUGGGAUAAUUUACCGGUAGUUAUAUCAGCAGGCCUCUGUGGUGGAAACACAAACAUCAAAAAUUGUGGAGCAAAAUUUUGAGCUGCCUUUAUUAUAAAUGAGAUAUGGCCAAGGAGCUGCCUGACAGAGUAUAUUCAUCUGCACUCUCUGAUAAAGAUAUUUGCCUCCCUAGUUGAAUAAUAGCACAUUGAUUUUUUAAAAAUGUUUUUGCACCAAAGUUACUGAAUACGACUCACAAAUACAACUAACUAAACUACACAUAAGAUAAGGCUCAGAAUUUUCUUCCUGAGAAGACAAUUUUCAGAUAGAUAUUGGGUAAGAAGUUAUAAAAUAAAGAUUCAUGGAAGUGGGCCUGAACAGUUUUUUUACAUUUUUUGCAUUGCAGGUAGCAUUUUAGAGAAAUCCUUUUGGAGUCCCACAGAAGUUGAUGAUGGUUCUCUAAUGAUACCCCAAAGUAAGUGGGAGGCAGACUUAAGUUUUGGUGUUCAAAAGUAUAAGGGAAAAGGUUUAGUUAAGCUAACUGUGUAAUUAGCUAUUCAUGAUAGCUAAAGUUAUUCAAACGAUGCUGGAUCAAAUUAUAAAAAUAAAUAAAUAAAAAUGAUACAGGAUACAUCUAUUAGUGCAAGCAGGAUAUCUAACAUUAAAGUUCAGUUUGCUUUUAGAAACAUCAAGAUCCAAGCUUGAUUGUACAUAGCCUGCAUAUUCAGGAAGUUCUCUUGUUUUCAGGAUGUAACCCUGCUGAUGUCAUUGGAAGUCACCAACAUUUUCCCAUGCCCUUUUUGUCACAAUACCUGGCACAAAUUUAGGAAACACUUUAACUCUUUCUCUUGGCAUCAUAAUUGUUCUCUUGAACCCAUAAAUUGAUAGCAGCAACCUUUUUAUUUUUGUAAAAACAAUUGGAUUUUCCUUCCCAAAUGGAACUUGUUUAACGUCUUUAUAACUUGUUUUCAUGCACUUUUAUUUUAAAGCCUAGUUGGGCCCUUGUUUGAAUUGGUUGAAUCUAUGCAUGUCAUAACUACCCCUAUUCUGGUGUGUAUGAGUGUGUUUAUGUGCAUGCAUGUGUGCACACAUGGAGAUGCAUGUGUGGUUAUUUAUUAUCCGUCAGAAGAACAUACAGCCUGUUCUCCAGAAGUAGUGAGCAGCCUCUGGUUAUUAAGAUGUUUGUGCUAACCAUUGGGUUCUUGGUCCCAUUACAGAUAAAACAGUGUUUCUAUAUGAGAGUGGAUGAGGAAAGCUAGAAUUGUUUGAUUCCAGGAUACAGAUCCAAUUUCAGUUUUUACCCUGAUGCACAUUUAUGUAAAUAAAGGCACCUUUAUAUCAUCUAUUGUAUCUAUUUAAUUUAGAUUCUGAUGUUGAAAGUUUUGUAACAACAUGAGACGUCUACUGGAAUAGCCAUUUCCUCUUAAGCUAUUUUUGUUAUAACUGUAGUUGUCUGCCUAGUAGUGUCAUCUUUUAACUGUAGCUUUCUGAUAUAAUGUAUUCAUCAGUGCAAUAUUGAAGCUGUGACACAAGUCACAGCUUCAGCCUGGUUGUACAUCAUCUGUUUACGUGUGUAUAUUUGUAUACUAAUGGACUGCAACCCAGCACUUGCUUGCGGUAUUGCCGGUGCAAAGAUUGUAACACUGUGUUCUACAGGGCACAGUAAUCGUGGCAUUCCUUUAUAAAUGCAUGGCAGCUGCUCACCAUGAGCUGCUGAAUGCAGCAAAGCUUUCAAGUGUGAAAUAACAUCCUUAUUUAACUUGGCACAAGAAACAGGAUAGUACAAUGCGGAAGCUACACAUCCACUGUUCUCAAUUGUGUGAGAAAUUAAGAUUAGCAUCUCUCAACAAACACAUCUGUAUAACCAUGAUUAAUAAUGCCUGUGCCCUGUUGCCUAGUGUUACAAGGUCUGUCUAUCUAUCAAUAUAUACUCCUGGAUUCUCCCCCCCCCCCCCCGUCUUGUUUACAUUAAACAGAAGGUGUUCAGCAAACCUUUCCUAUUGAACUUGGUGUAGUUCAUUUGCUGACAAUGUCUGUCUAUCUAUCAAUAUAUACUCCUGGAUUCUCCCCCCCCCCCCGUCUUGUUUACAUUAAACAGAAGGUGUUCAGCAAACCUUUCCUAUUGAACUUGGUGUAGUUCAUUUGCUGACAAUGUUUGCCAAGGUGUAAUAAACCCAUGAAGGAUGGUUGAAACAGCCACAUUAGAGAGCACACGGUGGUAACUUGUGUCAGCAGAUACAAUUCAGACGUUUUUUGUUUAAAAGCAUGCAUGAAGGAUUAAAAGGGAUAUUCUUAAAAAUAAAUUAAUAUAAUUUCAACAGAGUGAUGCCUUAUGUUUGCUGAAGUUUGUGCAUUUUUAAGUUUGGCUAUUGUCUCUGAAUACAAAGUGACCAGAUUUUACAUUUACAUUCCACUUUUUUAUAUAACCCUCCCAGCUGAACCUUCUCCUAAUAUUGGUAUCACACCUCACCUGCAUUGUAUCCAGCCCCUCCCCCAUUUCCUUUCAUUAAAUUAAAACCACUCCUUUCAUUAAUAAGUGGACGUUGGGCUUCAUCAUUUUACUUAUAUGUUUCUUCUGCCUCGCCUUUUUAUGGGAAUAAUAUAGAUAGCUAGAAAAUUCAGGUUUUAAACCAUGUUGGUAAUUUUUAAAAUGGGUGGACAAUCUUUUUCAGGCCAAGCGUUAAUUCUGGGAGAGUGGGGCAGAGGCAGAAGUUAGCAAAGCAACAAAUGUGAUUUGUACAAUAGACUCAUUUCUACAUACACUCAAUCCAUCCAGUUCAAAGACACAUUGCAGCUGGGCAGAAACAGAUGCAAAGCAGGGCUGGUAAGGAAUGCGGCUCAGGGCAAAGGGGUGUGGUUGCGGAGGGCUUAGAGUUUCAGAAGAGGCCCAUGGUGCAGAUAAGAGGCCUUGAGGACCACAUUUGGCCCCUUGGUUUGGCCCCUUGGUUCCCCACUCCCAAUUGAGAGAUAUUGAGGGCAAACACAUUCCUCUUAAGUGAUUCUUGAGCACACUAAGUUUUAUUAUCCCAUGCUGUCAUAACACUGCUUCCUACCCCAACAGGCUUGCACGAAGUCAGCCACCCACUUGCACUUUUUGGUCCAAGAAUGCCCCACUCAUUUGGGGCGUAUGUAAUGCUGCACACUGGAAUGUUCUGAAUUUUAGUGGCUGCAAGCACAUAUUCAAAGACUCUUUGUUAAACGAGCGUUGGUAAAGUACUUUCUUUAUGCAGCUGAGGUGUAAACCAACAAGGCUCAUCGCAAAAAAUACCUCUCCACUCUAAAGGCUUUUUGCUGCCAUUAAAUCAGCCUUAAUGUGUACCCCAUUAUAGCUUUUUUGUCAUUAAAGUGUUCACAGGAGACCUACACUAGACAUAGGUGGGAGGAAAUUAGCCAGCGUGUUGUGUUUUAUGGCAGUAGCUACCAUUUCAUCAUGCAUACCUCUUCUACCUUAGUAUUACCUCAUUUAAAAGACUUCAUUGGAGCCUGUAUUUGCAUGCUCAAAUAUAUUUCUUUUGCGAAGCAUAACAGAAUUGUGUUCUAAUGAUAUGAUCCUCAAACCAUUGGAUUUGGAUGGGCUUCUGAAGCAUCAGAGUGCUUACUGCAGUCAUAUUCUGUAGAGGCUGAAGUUUUUAAAAAUGCUCAGGACUGCAUGCCCUGGUUCUUUCCAUGCCUCUUUGUGAGUUCGAUAUAGCUUUGUCGUAUGUUCAGGGCACCAUAAGCCAAGCUGAAAUGUUGUGGUUUCAGAACUCUAAACAGAACUUGUCAUCUAUCACAGAUUUCAGCUGCUCUGUAAUAAUUACCAUGGAAUCUUGCCAGAAGCUAGAUAUAAAGCUGUUGCCAAGAGUGGUUAGCUGUGCUAGCAGUAGCCAGAACUCAUAUUAGUGUUGUUGGUCAUGUUCGCACUAGAGCACAGUGCUUACCAAGUGAAAUGUAGUCCACCUCUCCCUGUUCAGACCUUUGAAGGCUCCCUUUCAACAGGAAAAGGAUAUUGCAGCAGCUUCAAGGAACAGCUGGAGUAUAUGUGCAGGUAGAAACGUCCCAAGCUGAAUGGGUUAGGCCACUUCAAAUUGCAGGUGGAUCAUAUUUUUGACUGCUCUCUGCAAGGAGAAACUAACACUGCAGGGAGCAAGCUGAGACAAAACCUCUCUCCCUGAGGUACUUAAUUUGCAAAAGGCUUUUUUAAUAAUACAAUGCAGCACAUACCUCCGUAGCCUUGAAGGGGUGUGGUACCCCAGGAUUCUGUCACCCUGUUUCUCUGCAGGCAUAGUCUAGGUUUCAUUUCCAAAGGGAGGAAAGGGAACUGUUGCUGUUUAUUUCUGAAAAUCUUUCACUGCCGUUCAUCUUCCCUGCUUCUCCCAUCUGCUAGGAAAAUUCUCAGAACCAGCGAUAAGCCACUGACAAGCUUUCAGCUGUAGAUAUCCUCUGUUCGAAAUCAGUGAAAAUGCAAUUAUAUAUCAGUUAAUAUUUAUAUUCUGCAACAAGAGGAGCCAAACAGAUUUGUAAGGAUGCUGUCUGCAAUGAUAGCAAAGGCAGUAUAUCUGCUUUCUGAACUUAAUAGGGACUGGUUUGGUUCCACUUGUAAUAAUGAAAUUGCAUUCAGAAUUUACUAUGUGAACUAUGAUCUAUGACCUAUGAGGAACUUUUCAUAUACAUUAUUCUGUACCUAACUGAAGUGUGUGCCUAAAAAUGUAAAGGGUGAAUGGGACAAACACAUGUUGGCAAACUUACAACAUUUCCAUCAGGAAACCAGGACCGGCUGACUACAGCAGACUGGAGUUUGCCCUGAAUGAUGUGAAAAAUAGCCACAUCACUAUUUUGCCAAGUUAUUUAAGCAGUUUGUUUAGCCCAUGUGUGAUGGGUGAUGCCCAUGAGAACAUCCAUUUGCAAACUUAAGAAAAUCAUAAUUGCAUCGUAAUUGGCUGAAUUGGAGGGGCAUAAACUUGGCAGUGAUUAUUUUGUACCCUGAUGAAGUAGCAUGUUUUAAGGAGGGAAAGGAGCAGGAAGGCAAUAUUUUACUAGCUCACAAAACACAAAACCAAUGGUGCUGCUAUCAAUCAAACCAGUUGCCUUCAACCUCAAUUUCAGUGAUUUAACUAGCAUUUCCUCAGCUUAGGUUAACACUGAAUGCCGGCCUCCGGCCUCUCUGACUUAGUCAAAGCACUCGGCAGCUGAAGUGAAUGAUUAUCUCACCUGGACAACUGCUGAAUUGUCUGACUGAAUCUAGUUACACAGAGUAAUGUCCCUAGGGAGAACAAUACAAAGUCAAUCAAGUGGGAUAUAUUACAAGGACGUUUUAGCAAAUUCAAAAAUGAAAGGAGUUUUGAAGCCAUUUUCUUUAUGGGCUUACCAGUUCACUGUUGCAUUUAUACAUGGGUAACCCCUAAAGUGUUCUGUGGAAGGUAGCUUUUUUGAAAGAAAGAAAGAAGCACCAUCAUGAUGAGCUAAAGAACAAAAUUUUGCUCUUCAAUGGUUUCCCAAAGCUGCAAUUUAUCUCCAUUUUAAACUAUUAUUUCUUCUGUGAAAUAACUAUUUUUAACUAUUAUUUCUUUUCUGUGAACAGAAACAGAUAAAAACUGCCUCUUUGGAGGGGAGGGGAAUUGUGAUGUGCUGUUUCUAAAUGACAAAAGGCCUGAAAUACCACAGCCUUUCUGUUCCAAGUUUUUAUGGUUUGUGUUCCACACAAGUAAAAUUGAAUAUCAUUAUUAAUUGAAAUUUACUUUUUCUGUUUGCUUAAAAGCUUGAUUUAAAGUAAGUAGCCAAAUUAUAACUUGCUAGCUUGGUGAACAUGGAUAAAUCCCAUAUAAUGAGUGCAUACCGGUAGUUCAUAAUGUUUAGCACGGAAUGCAUGUGCAGUUUUUUUUAUAUCUAAAUUUAUUUCGUGUCUACAAAAUGUCACUUUUGUUCUGUGGAGUUUCAAUUAUCCCUCCUAAGCAUUUACAGGGCAAGCAUAUAUAUGCCUACUCAGAAGUAAGUCCCAGAAAAACACAAUUGGCUGAUUCCCAGCUAAACAGUUGGUUUCAGUCUCAGUUGUGAAAUCCUUGGGGACAGAAGUAUAUGUAUGACUUAUGAAGCUCUGCUAUUUGACCUUUAAUGUUGCAUUCCAUUUUUAUUGUUACUUAUUUUAUUGCCAUUGAAUUUUAAUUUGUUUUUUUUUCUCUAUAAGCUGUCCUGAGAGGGUGACCUAUCAUGAAUGAAUAAACCACAUGUAAGCCACUUUGGUCUUCCUGGAAGAAAAACUAAUGCUAAAUAAAUUGGAGGAAUGAAAUGGUUAGAGUAAUGAAAAAGAUAUUGGAUACCUUAUUCUGCAAAAUAGCAUCUUAUGGCCUCCACAUAAGUUGCAGUCCCCAGACCACAUCAUGCACUAUGGUAAUAUCCCCAAAGUCUGUGACAGAACUUUGGGGUUAGGACUUUACGAUGCAGUCUUCAACAUGUUUACUCAGAAGUAAGCCCCCCUAUAUUCACUUAGAGACUGAAACCAAGGUACACCUGAUGGAGAGGCAGCUCUUUAGUCAAUCCUGCCACCACCUCUGUGAUCUUCCUGGCUUGAAGGCACUGCAGAGCUACGGGACUUCUGAGAGUAGAAAAGUGGCACAUCUGAGACUCACCAGUCACUACAAGGCAGACUCAGUUUUGCUGUGACAUGGACCCAAGCUAUUUAGACGUGUGUGAGACAAGAUCCUGAGCAUGCACCAAGUCAGCCACAGGGGUCUGUUUCAAGAUAUUUUAUGAAAUUGUUCAAGGUGAAGUGAGGUUGUAUUGAAAUAAAAUGAAUGGUAUCCUAUAAUUAGUCCUCUACACUUGACGUAGAGCCUAAUAUUGCUUCAUUAGGAAGCUGGGGGUGCCUGCAAGCCCCAUGAACUCUGAGCAUCCUCUGGUGUGCGCAGCUCUGGAAAAGGCAUCUCCCUUCUCUUCCAGUGCGCUCAGCGACAUAUACCAGAUGGUAUAUGCACACUACACUUCUGGCAUAACACAGCAAGACAGGUGAGACAUCGUAGAGCUGAUCUACUUAUUUGCACACUAUGCAGACAAAAACAUAAUGGCGUCUGUUUUCUCCAGCGCCGAGAACAACAGGCACGUAUAUAAGUGAAAGUACAUUACAAAGUACAUACAGUGGAAGAGAUAAGACUGUCUUCUAUUUCCCACACUUCCCAGACAGGCAUGUGACAGGUAUGUUACACCAAUCACAAAUGCAGCAUCGAAGGAGUGAAAUUGCUAACAUGGCAUAUAUUUCUAUAUUUGCUGUGUCCAGGAGUUAAAAGGUGGUCACCUGCAAACUCUGGCUCCCAAAAAACCCUUAACAAUCAUUUCAAUUAUCACAGCCUGCAUUAUUAACAACAUCUGACAUGUAGAUAUGGCUAAGCCAAGCCAAUUUUCUACCAUUGUUGUACCAAACUGGGAAGCCAUCUGUAUGAUUCCAAGCUGAUCCAUAAUAGGGCAUAUGUUUGUUUACUACAUUAAUAGUUCACCUUUCCUACAAGGAGCUCAAGGCGACGUACAUAUUUCUCCCCUCCAUUUUAUCUGCACAACAACUGAAAGGCAGGGUAGGCUGAAAUAUAGCAACUGAUCCAAGGUUGCUCUGAGCUUUAUGGCUGAGCUUGGAUUCAAAUUCAGGUCUCUCCAGUCUUAGCCAUACUCUACUCUUAGCCUGACUCUCUAAAAAACUACACUUCCCAUGCCCGCAAAUAAUGUAUAGUUUAUCAUUUUCCUAUAUAGUACACAGUCCUAAUGUUACUAUAAUGAGAAUCAUCACCUUACAUUUCCAGAAUAUAGGAGUCUGCUCCUGCUUUAAAGCCACUUCUAUGCUUAAUAGUGUGUAAAUCCAUUAUAACAGGGUGUGAUCAUCGGCAUACAAGCAAUCUUUUAUAUGAUCAGUGAUGGUCAGUUAUAUACAAGUUUUUCUCCCUUACAAGGCAGACUUGUCAGUUAUAUAAACGUUCCUCUGUCUUGUGUUAGAUAUUUGCAGUCCCAAUGGGCCAUUAUCCUGGUCAUGCUAUUAUCUGUUUAGUGUGUGCUAUAAUUCGUCUCAAAGACAAAAUGGAACAAGGGCCAUUAAACUGGCCUAUAUCUAAGAAGUAGUAAUUUUAUGUGCCUAUCUAUUAUGGCUUUACCGUGAAUGACAGGCAAGCUGCCAGGAAACUCUAGGCUGUUAUAUUUACAUCUCACAGAAAUAUAAUGGUAAUAAAGUUCAGAUUGGAUUCCACAACUUUAUGCUGGCACUCCCAUAGCAGCAGCAGCAGCAGCAGCAACAACAACAACAACAACAACAACAACAACAACAACAACAACAACAUAUUUAUACCCCACCCACUCUGGACAGCUUCCAACAAAAUAUUAAAAAUAAAACAAAAUAUCAGACAUUAAAAACUUCCUAAACAGGGCUGCCUUCAGAUGCCUUCUAAAAGUCAGAUAGUUGUUUAUUUCCUUGACAUCUGAUGGGAGGGAGUUUCACAGGGCUAGAUGCAGUAGUCCUCUUGAGCAAAAUGUGUUUUCACAAGGCAGAUAAAAUACUGCAAAAAAUAAAUGACAUUUGCAAUAUUAUUGCAGAUUUUUCAGCAGUUCAAGUAUUUCCCAUAUGACCUUAAAACCGACAAUUAAAUCCAGUGUUCUACCAAAAGAGAAAAGGAAGGAAGGAAGAAACAACCCACUUAGCCUGUAUUUUAUCUUCAAAGGACACUUAUCAACCUUUUUUAUUUUGUUAAUGGCUGAGUGUAAACUACAUUUGCAGUAAACAAGUAGAUUUUUAUUUCUAUAUUAACAUUAUUGUUGAGAACAGAUCCCUGGAAAGAAACAGACAAUCUGUUCCACACAACAAUGAUACCUGUUUCAGAAAACAAAAAGGGUGAACUUGUAGGGCCUCUUGUACAUCACUUAAAGCAAUACUGAAGCCUGACAUGGUGCUUAGAUCCUGAGCUUGUUCACUGCAUGGUGCUGAAUGUUCUGAAUGGUCAUUAGCCAAGUGCAUUUGCCCCAUUCAAUAAUAAAUACAGUCAAAACUAAUUAUGAAAUGCAUUGAUCAUUUUGGGUGUGUGUGACCAUUGUUCAAAUUGUUAAUGCAGGGUUAAACAAUAUUAUGUCAUUUGUUGUCCAUAUGUAGAACAGUGGUUCCACUCCUUCCUCCUGGGCAGUGUUCAGAAAGUGGUGGGGGGGAUGAGUGUUCAGACCCCUGGGCUCUCACUUGUGGGGUGCCUUAGGGUUCUGUCCUCUUCCCAAUGCUUUACAACAUCUACAUGCAGCGGCUGGGAGAGAUCAUCAGGGGGUUGGGCUGGGUGUUCAUCAGUAUACAGAUGAUACCCAGCUCUACCUCUCUAAUCAGAACCAGUGAAGGCGGUGAAGGUCCUGUGUGAGUGUGUGGAGGCGGUUGGAGGGUGGAUGGCAGCUAACAGAUUGAGGUUGAAUCCUGACGAGACAGAAGUACUGUUUGUGGGGGACAGGAGGCGGGCGGGUGUGGAGGACUCCCUGGUCCUGAAUGGGGUAACUGGGCCCCUGAAGAACCAGGUGUGCAGCCUGGGAGGCAUUUUGGACUUGCAGCUGUCCAUGGAGGCGCAGGUCAAUUCUGUGUCCAGGGCAGCUGUUUACCAGCUCCAUCUGGUACGCAGGCUGAGACCCUACUUGCCCGUGGACUGUCUCACGCUAGACUGUCAUGCUCUAGUUAUUUCUCGCUUGGAUUACUGCAAUGCACUCUAUGUGGGGCUACCUUUGAAGGUGACCCGGAAACUACAACUAAUCCAGAAUGUGGCAGCUAGACUGGUGACUCGGAGCGGCCACUGAGACCACGUAACACUGGUCUUGAAAGAUUGACAUUGGCUCCCAGAACGUUUCCGAGCACAAUUUGAAGUGUUGGUGCUGACCUUUAAAGGCCUAAAUGGCCUCGGUCCAGUAUACCUGAAGGAGCAUCUCCACCCCCAUCAUUCUGCCCACACACUGAGGUCCAGCGCCGAGGGCCUUCUGGUGGUUCCCUCACUGCGAGAAGGCAAGUUACAGGGAACCAGGCAGAGGGCCUUCUCGGUAGUGGCACCCGCCCUGUGGAACACCCACAAGAUGUCAAAGAGAAAAACAUCUACCAGACUUUUAGAAGACAUCUGAAGGCAGCCCUGUUUAGGGAAGCUUUAAAUGUUUAACAGACCAUUGUAUUUUAAUAUUUUGUUGGAAGCUGCCCAGGGUGGCUGAGGAAACCCAGCCAGAUGGGGGGGUAUAAAUAAUUUAUUAUUAUUAUUAUUACUAUUAUUCUGUCCGACCUUUUCCCAUUAUAUCGAUUUCUUUUAUGUCAGGAUCCUGUUUCACCAUAAGUUUCUUGCAGCUUGUUCAUCUGGGCCUUGUGCUUGGCAGGCUAUCAACCUGAUGCACUCACCACUAUGUCCAUGAAGGUAUUUUUCCAGGACAUUCAGUUCUUACCAUCUGUUAGUUGGCUCUCAUCUAGGAGAUUUUGAUUGGGUGGCCUUUUCCCAAAGUGUCCCUUUAUCUGGAUUAGUUUUGCAGGGUUCAAGCUGUCCUUAUAAGUGUUCCAGGAAUAGGACAUAUGAGAGACUGGACUGUUAACUUUGCUAGCUAGUUUAGUAAAAAAUGCAUUUCUGAUCGUGCAUUUGUCUGUGAAGCACAUUCAAGAAGAACAGAAAUGUAGAUAAAGACUUGAAGUAAUUCAAAAGAUAUUGGGGACAAGGAAAGUGCCAAAGCCUCAAUGGAGAUGUUUUUAGUCCAGAAGAUGAUGGUUUGUGUAUUUAUUAGACCCAGCACCACCGCUGCUUUGUUUGUUCAGAUACAGUACUAAUAACAGCCAUUAACAAAGCAAUUUACUGUACAGACAUUAAAGAAGGCAGGCAGUAAUGUUAUUCUUGGUACCCCAGGUCACACGAAACGUUAAACCAUGAUUUAUUUAGGCUGUGGUUUAACAAACAAGUUAACCAUGAGAUGCCAUACAGAUGAUUAAACAAACUAUGGCUUGUUUCUUCAAAGUUUGGUUUGUUUUCCACGUUUUUGUAGCUGGGUAAGCAUCUCAGGUGGCCAAAGAACCAACCUUGGCUUAGUGAGACAGCAAGCUUGGAGCCACUUUGCUCCCGCCCGGUCCAUUUUGCUGCCAUGCUGUGUUAAGCUAAGCCAAAGUUUGGUCCAGCAUGUCAUCCAAACUGUGAUUAAGCUCUCUCCUCACUCUGAGCUGUAACCAAGAACAAGCCAAAAGCAAACUUCCACAUGAGUAUCCGUGAUGAUGAAUCGUGUGCUCAAUCCUCCCUCAUCCAGCUGCUGGGGCUGAGGGUUUGUAGUCCCAUUUUGUUAAAAGUACUGAUAGCACCAAUCAGCCUUUGGGGGAAGGGUGAUGGCUCAGUGGUAGAGUACGUGCUUAGCAUGUAAAAGGUCCCAGGUUCCACCACUGACAUUGCAUAUAAAGAUUCCUCACGAGGUGUAACUCAAUUAUCAACCAGAUGCUUGGAAACCACUGAAACAGGCCAUCUCCUUGCUUGACUACUUUUGGCUAUUGUAGCAGAUGUGAGCUCUUUGCUUCGCUGUUCUUGCAUCUCUGAGCUUGAAUGCAUAUGUUGAAUGCCUUAUUUUGGUGCCAAGCCUGUGGUGGCCACCUCUGUGAGCUUGCAUCCUCUUUCAUUGAAAGCCUGCACCUUUCUGUCAUCGAGCAUAAUGGGCAGAGCUUCUUAUCUGUAAGUAGAAAUUAUUUGUAAGUUGAAAUUGUCAUGUUUGCAGAUUACACUCAGAAGUGGUUAGGAAAGUCUGGUGCCAAGGUACCAUUAGUCAAAGUACUUAAUCAUUUAGAUCUCAGCGUAAAGGGUAUUUUGACGAUGAAAUACAACUAUCCAAUACCUGGUGUUGGGAAGAACUGUGAGCAGCAAGCAUAUUAAACAUGAAUGACCUAAUCAGACAAAUUGUAUGGCUGUGCAUGAGUUUCUCAUUAAUGUUUCACUAAGAAGCCGAGAGAGAGAGAGAGA